AUGGAUUCCUCCCUAUACAAAGACUUCACGACCUCUCACGGCCAUACCUACCACUACUUCUUCUCUCCCCCAAAGGAUGACGCUAAGCCAUACCUGCUUUUUUUGCACGGCUUUCCCAGCACCUCGUUCGAUUGGCGACACCAGGUUCCUUUCUUUCUCAGCGAGGGUUAUGGGCUCAUAGUCCCAGAUAUGCUUGGCUUUGGAGGAUCCUCGAAGCUUGCCGACCCCGCGGAUUACAGGUCGACCAUUCUUACAAAAGAUCUAGUGGAGCUAAUAGAUGGGGAGAAUGCUACCCAGGUGGUCGCCAUUGGCCAUGAUUGGGGCUGCAAGAUCAUCAGCCGUCUUGCUAAUUACUACCCUGAUCGAUUCGUCGCGUUCGGCUUAUUGGCCGUCGGAUAUUUCCCGCCGAGUACGGAAAGUAAUUACAAGCAGUUCCUGGACCUCUCCAAGAAAACUUUCGGCUACGAACUGUUCGGAUAUUGGUCCUUCUUCUCUUCAGAGGGUGCCGACAAGAUCAUCGAGGACAACAUGGAGUCGUUCUUACGACUCUUGUACGCUCAUGACCCAAAGUUGAUGAUCUCCGAUUUCGCUCCCACUGGCGCUUUGAAAGCGUAUCUAUUGCAAGGCAAGACCGACGGUCCAUUGGCUUCGUACAUCACUGAGGAGGAAAAAGACUUUCACAAGAAGGAACUCCUUGACGGUGGCAUGGCCAGUUGUCUAAACUGGUACAAAAUCAUGACCUCGGAGAUUGAUGCCGAGGAUAACAAAGCUGCCCCACAGGAAAACCUCGAGGUUACGAAGCCGGUUUUCUACGGUGGUGCGCUGAAAGACUUCGUCGCUCUUAACGCCGUCAACAAAGCGGGGACCAUUGCAAAAUGUAAGAACGUGACUAUUCAUGAAUAUGAAGGCUGUCACUGGGUGAUGUGGGAGGCGAAAGAUGAGGUUAACCGGGAUUUGUUGACUUGGCUGAAGGCACUGUAA